ACAGUCCGGCGGAUUCUCAGGCAAAAAGCAAAAGGAAGGGAACAUGUUUGAGGGAAUCUGGUUAUUAUGCUGACCUUCCACAGAUAUUCAUUUCAAAACUCUGGAAUCCGUUCAGUUGUGGCUGCUGCCCUGGAAUGGAAGGAGGAAAAGGAGAAGACCUGCUUCCCUCCCCAUCUCCCUCCCCAGAAGCAUCUCAUGAUGUGCUACUCAGUUGAAUGAACACAGACAAGCUUGGGUGUCUUUCUAAUGCGGCCUCUUGCCGGUCUACUGCGCAUCGGGACCCUCUUCCUCACCAUGGGGUGGACUGUCCAGAGAGAAGUUUCAUUGCAUGUCCCGCAACCCAGUCUAAAUGCCACAGUGGCAAAGAAUGUCCUGCUGUCAGUUGCUUAUACCUGCAAGGGAGUCCCCGUUAUCGAGUGGAAGCACACAGCAGCGUGGGGCACGACCAAAAUCAUUGAGUGGAAACCGGGGACUUACACCAACAUCUCCAGCAGUUACAGAGACAGAGUGAAAGUUUAUAGCAAUGGUUCUCUACAGAUUCUGAAUGUGGCAAUGAGGGAUUCGGGCUAUUACUUGGUCACAGUAACGGAAGAGUUUGGAAAAACAUUCUAUGGCACUAUUUUACUGAAUGUUUAUGAGAUCCGCUAUGAAGACUUGCAUUUUGUGGUCGUCUUCUUUGCCUUUCUCACCGCUGUGUCUGCUGCUCUCAUCUGCCUUAUGUGGUUGUGCAAUAAAUCCUUGCAUCUGCUUCAGAAGGAGAGGCAUAAAAUGACAGAAAGCGCAACUGAAGAGACUGAACUGCAAAUGAUAGGAUGUUAGCAAAGAUCUCCUUGAAUGUACAGAAGUCAAAUUUUUCUACCUCAGAAGAAAACAAUGAAAGUGGGGGAAGGAAGCCAGAGCACAAAACGGGUUUUGUAUGCUCUGGAUGGGGCGAGAUGGAAGAUACCUCAGAUGAAAGACUGAUCCACACAGAGCUUGAAAGUUGCUGCUGUUUCAAAGCCAUUAUUUAAGGAAUGUGCUGAAAGAUGGAAUACUUUUUAAAGGGUGUUAAUACCCAGGGAGGAAUGCAGCCUAUGUGUUCUCAAGAGGAUGUGACUCAGCAUUUUGUGACUGCGCACGGGCAGCAGCAUUUUAAAUGCUACAACUGUCGAUUGAAAUUUUAAAAAUAAAUUUACAAAGGCAGUUA